AUGGUGGGAAGAUUAAAAGGAGUUAUGACUAAGUUGAUAGGCCCGGCUCAAGCAAGUUUCAUUCCCGGUAGGCUCAGUUCAGAUAAUUUUGUUGUGGUUCAGGAAGCAGUUCAUUCCAUGCGCUGCAAGAAAGGAACAAAGGGAUGGAUGUUGCUGAAACUUGAUUUAGAGAAGGCUUAUGAUCGAAUCAGGUGGGAUUUUCUGGAAGAUACGCUCAAUGCAGCUGGGCUUUCAAAUUUAUGGGUCCGAUGGAUUAUGACUUGCGUCUCAGGGCCCUCAAUGAGUUUGCUGAUUAAUGGAGAGAGAACAGAAGCGUUUAGGCCUCUGAGGGGUUUGAGACAGGGAGAUCCUUUGUCUCCCUACCUCUUUGUUCUUUGCCUGGAACGGCUCUGUCACUUAAUAGAGGGAUCGAUUGAGGAAAAGAAAUGGAAGCCAAUUAGUUUGUCAAGAGGAGGACCGAAGCUUUCCCAUAUUUGCUUCGCUGAUGACUUGAUCCUAUUUGCAGAGGCUUCUGUAUCGCAGGUCCGUGUGAUACAUAGUGUUUUGGAAAGCUUCAGGGCAGAAGGCUGGAAGGGACGUCUACUAAGCUUUGCGGGCCGUCUUACACUCACGAAAGCAGUUUUAUCUUCAAUACAUGUUCAUUCGAUGAGCACAAUCAAGCUACCGAUGAGUAUUUUGAAUCAGUUAGACGGAGUGUCUAGAGACUUUCUAUGGGGGAGAAGUUUGGAGAAGCGGAAACAAUACUUAGUGGCAUGGGAUAGAGUUUGUUACCAAAGGAAGACGGAGGGCUUGAUGAAUGCUCGUAGUAAUUGGUCCUCAACUUGGCGGAGUGUGGGUAUUGGGUUACGAGAGGUGGUGCUCAAAGGUCAGAGUUGGGCUCCCGAGAACGUUCCAGUAGAUAUGCAGGGUCUGAUGGUGAGGGAUCUAUGGCAAGAUGGAGUGGGGUGGGAUUUCACUCGGAUCUCACCACAUGUGUCUGAAAACCAAAUUUUAGAGUUGGUUGUAGUGGUGGUUGAUAGUGUAGUAGAGGCUCGGGAUAAAUUGUCUUGGGGUGAGACUGCGGAUGGUAAGUUUACUGUCAAAUCCGCCUACGCUCUACUCACGAGGGAUGACACACCAAGACCAAAUGUGAAAGACUUCUAUCAACGAGUGUGGAAAGUGAUGGCACCAGAAAGGGUCAGAACAUUUCUAUGGUUGGUGGGUAACCAGGUGUUGAUGACAAAUGAGGAGAGGUUUAGGAGGCAUUUGUGUGAUACUCAGGAGUGUGGUCUUGCUUGUUACCCGUUCGUCAGGUUAUGGCGGGAUCGAGUUCAGUUUCUGAAAGAUCUAGCGACCGAGGUAUCUAGGGCCAAUGAGAGGAAUGGGGAAGACGGUGCUUCACAAGGUAAUCCAGGACUAGCAUCUGCUGGUGUGGGGAGUCUAUUAUGGCUUACACAUCGCUUGGGAAAGGAGGGUUGGACAUUUGGAGUUGGAAGUGGAUUCAAAGGUGGUGGUUGGUUUCUUGACAGCGGGGAUUUGUGA